GCGUCGCACCGAACCCGACACGGCUCGCCUCCCCCAAUUCCAUUCCCCUCCCGGCUCCCAUUCUUCUCGUACGCGGCCGAUUGCGACCUCCCCCGGCGCACGACGCCAUCGCCAUCGCCCCCAACCGAACCCGUCCUCCCGCCCCCGCCUCCGCAGCCGCAGCCGCAGCCGCAGCCGCACCCGCACCCGCGCGCCGCUCGUCCUCCCUGCGCCGCCUCGGGGACGCCCCGGUCGGCGAUGUGGCGGGAGCAUGCUGGGACCGCUCCUCAGGCUCCUCUCCGGGUGCGGCGGGGUCUGGCCCACCUCACCGGCCCCCGGUUCCGCCUCCUCGGGGGAAGACUCUGAGGGCCGCGACGGCCUCCUCUGGUGGCGCGACCUCGCGCGCUGCCACGCCGGUGAGGUCUCCGUCGCCGUCGCCCAGGCCAACCAGGUUCUCGAGGAUCAGUGCCGCCUCGAGUCCGCCCCGCCCCUCGGCACCGUCGUCGGCGUCUUCGACGGCCACGGCGGCUACGACGCCGCCCGCUUCGCCUGCGACCACCUCUUCCCCAACCUCCGAGAGGCGUCCUCCGGCCCGGGGGGCGUGACCGCGAACGCCAUCAGGGAGGCGUUCCUGGCUACGGAGGAAGGCUUCCUCGCGCUCGUGUCGCGCCUGUGGGAGGCCCAGCCGGACAUCGCCACGGCCGGGACGUGCUGCCUCGUCGGUGUCGUGCACAACAGGACCCUGUUCGUCGCCAACCUCGGCGACUCCCGGGCUGUUCUCGGGAAGAAGGUGGGCCGCACCGGGCAGAUUGCCGCGGAGCAGCUGUGCAGUGAGCACAAUGCCAACCAGGAGGCCGUCAGGCAGGAGCUCGUGGCUCAGCACCCAGAUGAUCCGCAGAUUGUUGCUCUCAAGCAUGGGGUCUGGAGAGUGAGGGGCAUCAUACAGGUGUCGAGAUCGAUCGGUGAUGUAUACCUGAAACAUGCAAAGUAUAACACAGAGCGGAUCAAACCCAAGUUCAGGCUUUCUGAACCAUUCACCAAGCCAUUGCUGAGUGCUGAUCCAUCUAUCAUCUCCCGCACCCUUCAACCAAGUGACAGUUUCAUCAUAUUUGCGUCAGAUGGUUUGUGGGAACACCUGAGUAAUCAGGAUGCCGUUGAGAUUGUUCACAGCCAUCAACGUGCUGGAAGUGCAAGAAGACUGAUCAAAGCUGCUCUUCAAGAAGCAGCACGGAAGCGUGAGAUGCGUUACUCGGACCUUACAAAGAUCGACAAGAAGGUCCGCAGGCAUUUCCAUGAUGACAUUACUGCCAUCGUCCUAUUUAUAAAUUAUGACCUAUUAACGAAAGGCGCUGCUCAAGGACAACCCCUCUCCAUCAGAUGCGCUCUAGAUUAUUGACAGCUCCUAUCAGCAGCAAGAUCCAGAGUCCAAUGGCAUGUGAUCAACCGGUUGUGAAAAGCACACAACCUCCGGCGGCAGUUUUCCUUUUGUUUUCCAUUUUUGCACAUAAAAUCGACAAAGUCGCUAAAUUGCCAGUUUUCCCUCUUAAAUUAUGUCGGAUAAAAUGCGGAUACUCUUCAGUUUUGGAGAUAUAUGCCUAGAGUUUGAGGGAGGGUUAUAAAGGAUCCUGUAACUUCUGAUUGAUUCAUUCUCUAGUUCUUUCUGUAUGUAAGACUUAUAUAAGCUUUGUUUAACCAUAGCCCCUGACGUUUCUGACA